AUACGAAAAUGGCGAACACGAGCAAACCUACGAUGAACGACGAGUGGAAAAAAUAAUUAUUAUUUUAAAUUCCGUUUUGCCAGCGAAAUUCCAACGCGAGCCAGCUACCAAAAAAAAAAAAAUAAAACAACACAACAAAAAGUGCGGAAAACACAAAACAAGUAAUGAUAAUUUAAACUAUGAAACGAGCAAAGUACAAUGCGUUGCGUAUUGAUAGUGAGCAGCUAAAUAGAAUAAAUUAAGUAUUUGCAAAAAUUACGAAAAAGCAGCUGAAAAUCCAAUUGAGUCGAGUCGAUUCGCAAGUGUGUGCGUGCGUUCCCGUGAGUGUGUGGCGUAUGUGUUUGUAUGAGUGAGCGAGCAAGAACAGCAUAGAGUACUAAAAGGUAGCGGGACGAACGAAAGGAAAUAAAAAUAAAACGAAAAGUUAACAGUGCAAAAAAGGAAGGAAUACGAAAUAAAAACGAAACUUGGCGGUAAACUCUGCACACGCCUGCACAAGUACAUAUGUGUAUAUAUCCCGCUCUUCAAUAAUUGUAUUAGUGCGCGAGUGUGUUUGUGCGCCUAAAUGUGCAUAAAAAUAACCAAUAAACUGCGCAACAAUAACAACAAAAGCAACAACAACGCCGCCGCUUACUGUAAUCGUAAUCUAUGCGUGCACUACGUAAUACAUCAACACGUAACGUAAGCGGCAACGAAGGAAGAAGGCGGCAAAAAAUAAAAAGCCUACGAAAAGUUUCGUCAAAUUUGCUGUUGUAUUUGCCAUGUGUGUGCAAGCAAUUAUGCAAAAGAGCAACAAAUUGAACGACUGUGGCAACGUCAACGCUGAUCUACACUACUUGCAACAACAACACAUUUAAAUAUAAAUAGCAACAACAACUAAAAAACCAAAAAAAUAAAAGCGUCGCCGUCGUCAGCAGGACAACGACAACGCCAACGUUAGCGUCGUCGUCGACGCCGUUGCUGCUAACGUUGUCUUUGCACUGAGCUUUAGGCGAAAGUGAAUGAGAGCGAGUGAGCAAAAAACAAUAUCAACAACAAAUCAGAGCAACAACUAAGAAGAAGCCCCGUGAGAGAGAGAAGAAGCGAAGAGAGCACACUCUCACUUACAAAAUGGCUGCCGUGCGGGGUCAUCAGUACUUUAGUCUGCGCUGGAAUAACUAUCAGAACACGAUGACGUCAGUGUUUCAGCAGCUGCGCGAGGAUCUCUCCUUCGUUGAUGUGACCUUGUCCUGUGAGCAUGGCUCACUCAAGGCGCACAAGGUUGUGCUCUCCGCAUGCUCGACAUAUUUUCAAAAACUUUUGCUCGAGAAUCCGUGCAAACAUCCAACGAUCAUUUUACCCGCCGACAUCAUAUUCACAGAUCUUAAAACAAUUAUCGAUUUUGUUUAUCGCGGCGAAAUCGAUGUCACCGAAUCGGACUUACAGGGUCUGCUACGCACAGCGGAACAAUUGAAAAUCAAAGGACUCUGUGAGCCGGCUGAGAAUGCGGAUGAUUUGAAUGACGCUGCAUCGGCGACGAUAACCGUGUCGGAGAACAUACAACAGACGGUUGUUGGGAACAUUGUGAAUGCGAGCCUUGUGCCCGGCGCGCCCUCGCCCACAAUCGAGCAGCAGCAACAGCAUCACCAGCAGCAGCAACAGGCACAGCAGCAACAACAGCAGCAGCAACAGCAACAGGAGCAUCAACAGCAGGUGCAACAGCAGCAGCUGGUGAACAGUGCAUUGCUUUCACAGCAUAGUCUUGCAACAAACAGUGGCAUACAGUUGGCCAGUGGGGCUGGGCAACAGCUGUUGAGUGGCAAUUCGAGUGGCAGCAGCAGCAGUCUGCAACAGUUGCAGCAACAGCAGCAACAACAACAACAGUUGCAGCCAACGCCGCGAAAGUCGCGAUUGCGUAAACGCUCGAAAUCGCCAGAUUUGCAACUAGGUGGCAGCGCUGCAGGGCAACAACCACAGCCAGCGCAUCACCAGCAACAACAGCAACAACAACAGCAACAACAACAGCAACAGCAGCAACAACAGCAUCAUCAACAACAUCAUCCACAAACGAUACUCAUACACGGACAGAAUCAAACAUCGAUCGUGAGUCUGCAGCAAACAGCCGACGGCAAUUAUAUACCAGUUACGGCUGGCGACGAUUCCGAUAGCGAUAAUAAGCCGCAAAAGAUCUGCAAGACAGAGCAAUCGGUGGCCUCGCCGGCAUCCAACUCGUCCACAUCGAAUAAUGCCGCAUCUGGCGUGAGCGGCCAAGCGAUUGUGACACAAAUUGUAGUAGCGCGCGACGGAAAAGAUAAUAAAAUGACUAGUUUAGGCAUGGGCAUGAACGGCGGUCUGUUAAGCGUGCCCAUGGGAUUUCUGGACUUUACACCGGAACCACCAGCACCAUCGGCCACACCAGUCACCGUUACGGAACACGUCGAUCUAUCGUGCAACCCCAGCACCGAUACACGCGAUCUAUCAAAUCCCACCGAACCGCUCGACAUAGACAAUCAUUUGGCUCAGCAAAUCCAUCGGCUCGAUCAAUCUCCCAUGCACUCGAUAGCGCAUCAUCAUACGACCGGCGACGAGAGCAACUCGAAUCUGGUGCAGCAUAUCAAAAGCGAAGUGAUUGAGGCCAAGCACCUGGCGCAUGUGCAAGCCCAACAGCAGCAGCAACAACAGCAGCAACAACAACAGCAGCAACAACAGCAGCAGCAACAACAACAACAGCAGCAGCAACAUCAGCAACAUGCACAUCAUCAUCAGCAUUUGCACGCUCAGCAAUUGUUGGCGCAAAGUCAGCAACAGCAGCAGCAGCAACAACAGCAGCAACAACAGCAGCAACAUCAACAGCAACAACAGCAAGCAGCGGUGCAUGCACAACAUGCCACGCAUGCUGCACAUGCGGAAAUCAGUGGUGCCACUGUCAUGGAGAUUGAUCCGAGCCAGAUCAAGCAUGAGCCGGGCAUGAUAAUAACGCCAGAGAUUGUCAAUAUGAUGUCCACUGGGCAUAUGGACAUGUACAACUCGGAUACGAGCGAGGACUCAAUGAUGAUCGCCAACGGUUCGCCGCACGAUCAGAAUGAGCCGCAUUAUACGAAUUUGGAUCAGCAGCACGGCGGCCUGGGUGGCAGCGUUUGCGGCCCCGGCGCCGGUGGUGUUGGUGGUGGUGGCGGCAUUGGUGGUGGUGGUAGUGCUGGCGAGAAAGGUCAGUUUAAUGGUCCCAAAGCUUGGACACAAGAUGAUAUGAAUUGCGCUUUAGAUGCAUUAAAGAAUCAAAACAUGAGCCUGACGAAAGCAUCUGCCAUUUAUGGCAUACCAUCAACGACAUUAUGGCAACGUGCUCAUCGUUUGGGCAUCGAAACGCCUAAGAAGGAGGGCGGAACCAAAUCGUGGAACGAGGAUGCAUUGCAGAAUGCGCUGGAGGCGCUCCGAUCGGGUCAGAUAUCGGCGAAUAAGGCAUCGAAAGCGUUUGGUAUUCCCUCAUCGACGCUCUACAAGAUAGCGCGUCGGGAGGGCAUACGGCUGGCGGCGCCAUUCAAUGCCGCACCAACCACGUGGACACCCGAGGAUUUGGAGCGUGCAUUGGAGGCGAUACGCGCCGGCAAUACGUCCGUGCAAAAAGCCAGCGCCGAAUUCGGCAUACCCACAGGAACACUUUAUGGACGCUGCAAGCGGGAGGGCAUCGAACUAUCGCGUUCGAAUCCAACACCUUGGUCCGAGGAUGCCAUGAACGAGGCAUUGAACUCAGUGCGCGUCGGCCAAAUGUCCAUCAAUCAGGCGGCCAUACAUUAUAACCUGCCCUACAGCUCGCUCUAUGGGCGCUUCAAGCGCGGCAAAUAUGAUGUCGUGGCCAAUACCAGUGGCGUAUCGCUGAUGAACACAUCGGGCAACACGACUGGCAGCAUUGAGAUUAUUGAGCAUAGUCAGGAGAAUUCGUUGCAUAUGUUGCAGCAACAGUUCCCGUACAGUCCGUCGCCGCAUCCGCCGACGCCGCAGCAUCAUAGCACACCGCAACAUCAUAGCACACCGCAGCACCACAGUUCGCAGCAGGGGCCGCCGACGCCUCAGCAUAUGCAACAGCAUGUGGUGCACAUGCAACAGCAGUCGCCGCAUCAGGCGCACCAUCAACAGCAACACAUGCAACAGCAGCAGCAACAGGACGUGGUAACAUCGAGCAGCCAAGUGGUGCAUAGUCAGCAACAACAACAGCAGCAGCAGCAACAGCUUCAGCAGAUCUAUCAGCAUCACGGCACGCCCGAGCGUAGUUGAGAAUCACUGCACGCUGCGGCAAUGUUAGGCGGCGGCAGCAACAGUGGAGCAGCAGCAACAGCAGGGGGAGUAGGAGGAGAGCGAGCAAUAACAGUAACCGGAGCAACACCAUUUGCCAGCAUAUCAGGACACGCAAGCGGAUCGUCGGCAGCCAAUCAGCCACCGCCAAUCACAGCUGGCACCAGCAAACGCAAAAAAGCCACCAAGCAAAAGCGUUGAGAAAGCGCCACAAUCGUCGAAGAAGUAGAAGUUGAUGAUGUUGCACCGAAAACCGCUGAGAACUCCGAUAAAGCCAACGACACCGCCGCCAUUAAAUUUCGCUUCAAUUCGAAGCAUUGGAAGCGCAAGCUGAAGCAGUUUCAUUUGUUAAUGUCCAAACCAACUUGAAGAGAGCAAGAGUGAAGAGAUCAAAAACUAUUUUGGCAACUUGGCAAAAGUCAAAAAGAAAACAAAAACAAAAGAUAAAGAUAAAGAUAAAGAAACCAAUCAAAAUUACAACAAAAGAUGAGACAUUAAUUACACAAUUUGAAUGUGUAUCAAAUGUAAAUAAUAAUCAUAAUAACAAACAAUACUAUAAAAACAAAAGCUUAAAGUUAAUGUAUAUGAAAUAUGCUUUAUAAAAACACACACCACGAGAUGGAACAACAAACAAUCAACAACAAAACACUUGCGGCCACGGUUUUAGAAGCAGUUGAAUUUUAUUUUCUUUUUUUCGCGAUGAAACAAUGACAAUUUAUUUUCUUUUUCUUGAUUUGCAAACUUAAGCAUUAAAUUAAAAUUAAGCAAAAACAAUUUCAACAACAAAAAUGAACAUUUUUAGCAGAAUUUCGGAGUCAUACUAUAUGUAGAAUUAUUCUUAUUUUUUGUUCUGUUUCUAAUUAGUUUAGUGUGAGACUGAAAGUGAGCCCACAACUUUGUAAAGGCAAACAAACUGCAAAUAACAAUAUGCGGCAACACACACACACAUACAUAUAUAUAAAUACACACACACACACACACAUACACAUAUAUAAUAAUCAUAUAUCUAUAAAUAUAUAUAUAUAUUUAUAUGAGAAAUGCUUUAUAAUUUCGUUUAGAAAAGAAAGAGAAAAAUACCUUAACAUUAGAAUUAAACCAAAAUCAUCAAGGUCUUAGCAAUUAAACUCAUUAGCAAUUAAAGACUCUAAGCAAAUCACAAACAAAACAAAAAACGAAAACAAAACAAAAGUUAUUUGAAUUUUAAAUGAAAACGUGAAGCGAAAUAAAAAUCUACUUUAACUUUAGCAAAUGCAAAAAUGAAAAUAUUGAAGAUGAAGAAAAAAAACACAUGAAAUGAAAUGUAUUUUUGAUAGAAACAAAAACUAAAAUUAAAACUAAAACUUUAAGAAACUGUAAAAAGAUUUCAAACGUUGUUAAUAUGGUUAAACGAAAAGUCACAGUAAAAGCAACAUAAAUAUAUGUAUGGAAUAGUAGUAAUACACAGACACCAACACUUUUACACACACACACACACUCAUUCACAUGUUUAGAAGCAAAUCUGUACAAUCUGUUAGUGUAUCGUGUUGGCAUACGAAAUAAAUCCCUCUUAACAUUUAGAUCAACUUACAACUUACACCCUGAAAUAGUUUUUAUUGUUUUGGUUUUCUUUCUCGACACACAUACAUACGUAUACAUAUAUAAAUAUAUAUCUCAGUAAUAGGAAAAACUAUUAAAAUCAAAUGUAAGAAACUCAAAAUGAAAAUGAAAAUAAAACAAAAACGAUGUUGUAUAAAAAAAAAUUUUAAAUUUUAAAAUUUGGAUUAAUGAAAAAAACAAAACAAAAGAAAAGAAAACUUUGUAUAGCUUCCAUUAGUAUAUAGAAAGAGUGGAGUAUACACAACACACACAUAUACAUAGACAACACACACCAAUACACAUAUAUUUUUGAAGCUACUUUAAGUUUUGGUUUCAGCAUAAAAAGAAAAAACAGGAAACUUUUUGAAAAAACCUCUGUAAAUACAUAAAUAUGUUUAGGGUUUAGAAGAAUACUAUACGAAAAAUAAAACAAAAUAUUGACAAUUAAUACACAAUGGAUGAGAAGAGUAAAUUUCGAAAUGUUUGCACUUAUUGCGCCUAAUUUAUUUAAUGCAUAAUUUAAUAGUGUGUUUACAUACCGUAGAACUGAAAUGCAAUAUGCUUACCUUAACUCAACAUAAUUUAAUUCCUAUUAUUUUUAGUUGCUAUAUUUUCAUAAAUUUAAAAAAAACAUAUUUUUGUUAGGCAAAAACAAAAAAUGAAAAACAAAAAUACACAAAAACAACAACAACAACUGUAUAUCAUUGUAAAUUAAUUAUCAAUUCGAUGGAUAAAUGAACAGCAUAUGAAGUAAAAAUCUUUAAGAGUUAAUACCAAUAAAAUAUACAAAUACA